AACACAAAAAUGGUGGGUGCUGAAAAUGAUACUCACGAUCGUAAGGAAGUAGAUAUCAAAGAAAACAUGGAUAAUAAUCAACAAAAUGGAGAAUUAGUUUCUACAGAGAACAACGAGGAAAGAGAUGUAAAUGCGGAAAUUGAUGAACAAAGGAAGAAAUAUCAACCUACUCGUCUGGAAUCAUUUUUUGCAAUAACAAAAUCGUUAAUUAUACGUGCCCUUAUUAUUUAUUUUAUCAGCUAUCUAUUUAGACGAUCUCUGACUGAUAUUGAUUCUCAGUCUCCUGGGCCUGUCAAUCCAGCACGUUUACAAGCUGUAAAUAUAUUUAAAAAUGGGACUAUAUUUGAUUUGCACGUUUAUUUAUCAGAAUCUGAGAAUUUUACGCAAUUUGAUGAUCCACGAACAUUGGUAUGGUUAGAACAAGGAUUAGUAUAUGGAGAUUGGCAUAGUGGAUCAAAUAAAGAUGGAUCAAAGAUCAAAAGUUAUAAUUUUAUUCCAUCUGAUCAAUUAAAAAAUAAUGGGUCUAUAUAUCUUCAUGUGUAUGUCACAAAAACUGGAAAAUCUCCAAAUCCUAAAGCAGGGAAGAAUAUUUAUGCAGGAGAUUAUAUGGCAUAUUCUAGGAAAAUGUUAAAUAAAUUUAAAAAAAUUAGAUAUCAAAAACGACACAAUCUGUUAACUGGUAAAACUACUGCAACUGAAGAAGAAAUUAAGAAAGCCGAAAUAAUGAAUCAAGAGUAUAUAUCACAUUGGCACCCAAAUUUAACUAUUAACUUAGUAACAGAUCACACUGUUUGGGUAUAUGGUCAAGUACCACCAUCUUUAGAUUCAUAUAUUAAUUUUUUACCUGGCGAGGUAUUGUAUAAGCCUGUAAUAUACAUGAAUGAUUUCUGGAAUAUGCAACGAGACUAUCAACCUUUAAAUGAUACUGUAAAAGAGCUGGAGCUUCAAUUAACUUAUCAACCACUUUCAUUGUAUAAGUGGCAAAUUUAUGUUGUUCAAACAAUGAAGAAUAAAUGGGCGUUUUCGUUUAUGGGAGAUUCAUCAGAUGAAGAUGACAAUGAUGAAGAUACUUUAAAAGAAACAUUAUUAGAAACCAAUGCUUAUGUCUUGGGUUUAACUAUAAUUGUAUCAGGAUUACAUAGUGUAUUUGAAUUUUUAGCAUUCAAAAAUGACAUUCAAUUUUGGAACAAUCGUAAUUCAUUGGAAGGUCUGUCCGUUCGAUCUGUAUUUUUCAAUGUUUUCCAGUCACUUAUUGUUUUAUUGUAUGUUACCGACAAUGAUACAAAUACAGUUGUCCUGAUUAGUUGCGUAAUAGGUUUAUGCAUAGAAAUAUGGAAAAUUGAUAAGGUCGUAGAUAUUAGUGUUAAUAGGAACUCAAAAAUAUUUGGUAUCCUUCCAAAAAUAAGUUUCCAUGACAAAGGAUCUUAUGUAGAAUCUUCCACGAAGGAAUACGAUAGGUUGGCUUUUAAAUAUUUAUCUUGGGCUCUUUUUCCUCUUUUAGGAGGAUAUGCAAUUUAUUCGUUAAUGUAUUUAGAACAUAAAGGAUGGUAUUCUUGGGUCCUUAACAUGCUAUUCGGAUUUUUACUAAUGUUUGGAUUUAUUAUGAUGACACCACAAUUAUUUAUUAAUUAUAAAUUAAAAAGCGUAGCACAUCUUCCAUGGCGCAUGAUGUCUUACAAAUUUUUAAACACGUUCAUUGAUGACAUCUUUGCAUUUGUUAUAAAAAUGCCAACAUUAUAUAGAAUUGGUUGCUUCCGCGAUGAUAUCGUUUUCUUUAUAUUUUUAUACCAAAGAUGGAUAUAUAAAACUGAUCAUACUAGAGUAAAUGAAUUUGGUUUUUCUGGUGAAAUGGAAGCUAAAAUGGUUAAUGACAAAAAACAAGAGUCCAUUAAAGAUCGUCCGAAAAAUGAAGCAGAUAAAAAGAAUGAGUAA